CUUAAACUUGUUUUCUUCCUUAGUCUCCCACCCAAAUCAAUAGCUUCAGAAAAAAAGAAAAAGAACAAUAUUUUGAAUGGCUACUAGCUCAAGAGACAACGAUGAGGCAGAACCUCAAAGAGGGUAUUGGAGAUGGAGCAAACAAGAUUUCUUGCCAGAAGAGUCCUUCCAAAGCUGGAACAACUACGUUUCUGCGCUCUCACAAACAUGGCUAAGGUUCAAAGAUCGUCUUUUCAGCAGAUCGGAUGAUGCCACUGAGACAGAAGAGCUCAAGAAACAAAGUGAGCAUGACAUGAAACGUUGCCUCAACUGGUGGGAUCUCAUAUGGUUCGGUUUUGGUGCAGUGAUUGGAGCAGGAAUCUUUGUGCUCACUGGUCAAGAGGCUCAUGACCAUGCUGGAGCAGCAAUUGUUUUAUCCUAUGUUGCCUCAGGCUUCUCAGCAAUGCUUUCUGUUUUCUGCUACACUGAGUUUGCUGUAGAAGUUCCAUCAGCAGGAGGGUCAUUUGCUUAUCUGAGAGUUGAAUUAGGAGACUUUGUUGCUUUCAUUACAGCUGGGAACAUUCUUCUUGAAAGUGUUAUCGGAAGUGCAGCAGUGGCCAGAUCAUGGACUUCUUACUUCACAAACCUUUUGAACCGUCCAAAGAAUUCAUUGCGCAUCAAAACAAAUCUCAAAGAAGGGUACAACUUGUUGGACCCUAUAGCUUCUGGGGUUCUGGUGAUUGCCUCAGUGAUCACAAUAAUCAGCACAAGAAAAACUUCAUUCCUCAAUUGGAUAGCUUCUGCCAUCAACACUGCUGUUAUUAUAUUUGUGAUUAUUGCAGGGUUUCUUCAUGCAGACACAUCAAAUCUGUCACCCUUUUUACCUUACGGUGCUAAGGGGGUGUUUCAGGCUGCAGCAAUCAUUUAUUUUGCAUAUGGAGGGUUUGACAGUAUUGCAACCAUGGCUGAAGAAACCAAGAAACCAUCAAGGGACAUUCCAAUAGGUUUGGUGGGGUCAAUGUCCAUGAUCACAGUGAUUUAUUGCUUGAUGGCACUCUCACUGAGCAUGAUGCAGAAGUACACAGAGAUAGACACUGGUGCAGCUUUCUCAAUUGCAUUUCAGAGUGUGGGAAUGAAGUGGGCAAAGUAUGUGGUUGCUUUUGGUGCAUUGAAGGGUAUGACCACAGUGCUUCUGGUGGCAAGAUUGUCACAGGCACGUUAUAUUACUCAUAUUGCACGGUGCCACAUGAUCCCACCAUGGUUUGCUCUUGUGCAUCCUAAGACAGGAACCCCCAUAAAUGCUACACUCUUGAUCACUGUUGCAAGUGCCAUCAUAGCUUUUUUCACAGGCUUGGAUGUGUUGUCAAGCUUGAUAUCUGUGAGCACACUCUUUGUGUUCAUGAUGAUAUCUGCAGCACUUUUGGUGAGGAGGUACUAUGUGAGAGGGGUGACACCAAGAGAGAACCUGGUAAAGCUGGUAAUGUUCUUGGUGGUCAUUAUUGGUUCCUCAAUAGGAAUUUCAGCGUUCUGGGGACUGAACCCUAAUGGUUGGUUAGGAUACACUGUGGCUGUUCCUGUUUGGUUCUUGGGAACAUUAGGUAUGUCACUGUUUUUGAAUCAGCAAAGGGUGCCAAGAGUUUGGGGUGUUCCAUUUGUGCCAUGGUUGCCAUCUUUGUCAAUUGCAACAAAUGUGUUCUUGAUGGGGUCUUUGGAGUAUGAUGCUUUCAUAAGAUUUGGAGUGUGCACUGUGGUGAUGCUGAUCUACUAUUUUCUGUUUGGUCUGCAUGCAACUUAUGAUAUGGCUCACCAACAACAGAAGCUGCCAUCAAAAGUUGAGCACACAGAAACCAUCAAGAAUGAAGGGCCUUAGAUAAAGUGUAUCCUCAUCUGUUUGUAUUCUGAAUCAGAUUUGGUACUGGAUUCAGACUAUUGGAAACAUAAUAAUUUGUAAAGUUGUUUCAUAAAACUUAAGAAAAAUGUUUAUUUUGUA